AUGCAUUUCAGUGUUUACUUGGCGAGUUCCUGCACAUGCUCUUUGAUUUUAAAGGUGGGGCCCAAACUUUUCAGAGAUGACAUUUUGGUAGCCAGCUCCUCCCCUGAGGAGCACCUCGUUCACCUCAGGGAGGUUUUCCAGCGCUUGGAAACUCAUGGGUUGAUCGUCAACCUGCCCAAAUGCCAGUUUGGUUUGCCAGCCAUCGAUUUUUUUGGCCAUCGCACUUCAGCACAGGGGGCAGCUCCCCUGCCCUCUAAAGUCCAGGCGGUGGUGUUACCCCCACUCUUGGACUUCACACCCAGCAGGCUAUGCGGUCAAGGAGGGUGUGGCCUGAUGUUUGUAUCACUGUGGUACACGUUUGGUGGAGGAACCAGACUGGAUGUUGAUUUGGGUCAUGUUCCCCCCACCCUGACAGUGCUGUCCCCCUCCAUGGAUCAGGGGAAGGCCACACUCCUGUGUCUGGCCAACAAUGGCUUCCCUUCAGGCUGGACUCUGUCCUGGAAGGUGGACGGCAGCAGCAGCAGCAGCAGCAGCAGCAGCAGCAGCCCUGGGGUGCUGCAGAAGGACGGCCUCUACAGCUGGAGCAGCACCCUGAGGCUCUCUGCAGACCAGUGGGAGAAGGUGGACUCUGUGACCUGUGAGGCCACCCAGGACUCCCAGACUCCAGUCUCAGAGACUCUGAGGAGAAACACCUGUUCCUAGUC